AAAGAAAAAGAGAAAUAACAUAUAUGGUAUAGUCGUAUGAGAGUUGACCCCCAAACUAACGGACCAUCCUGAAGAAGAGAGAGCGGCGGACUCAGGGCUCUCUCUCAGUCUCAGCCCAGCCGCCGAAACAAUCAACACCAAUCUCUCAAACACAGAGAAAUGAGGUGCCCGUACUGCUUGGCCGGGCAAGGCCGGUGCGCGACGACAACAAACUCCCGUCGUUCGAUAACAGAGUGCACGUCGUGUGGUCGUGUGGUGGAAGAGCGCCAAUCCCAAUUCCACCACCUCUUCCACCUUCGCGCCCAAGACAACCCUCUCUGCCUCGUCACCUCCGACCUCCCCACCCUCCACCACCAAGCCCAACCCAACAACGCCGCCGCCGCCGACGAAGACCCGUUCGAGCCCACCGGAUUCAUCACCGCCUUCUCGACAUGGUCCCUGGAGCCCAACCCGCUCUUCCUCCGCUCCUCUCUCUCCUUCUCUGGCCACCUCGCCGAGCUCGAGCGCACCCUCGAAUCCACCUCCUCUUCUUCUUCUUCAUCCCCGUCGUCUUCCACCGUUGUGGUCGAUAAUCUCAGGGCCUACAUGCAAAUCAUCGAUGUCGCUUCGAUCCUGGGCUUGGAAUACGACAUCUCGGACCACGCGUUUCAGCUCUUCAGGGACUGUUGCUCCACUACUUGCUUGAGGAAUCGCAGCGUUGAAGCUCUCGCAACUGCUGCCCUUGUGCAGGCCAUCAGAGAAGCCCAAGAGCCCAGAACCCUCCAGGAAAUCUCAAUUGCAGCCAAUGUGCCCCAGAAGGAAAUUGGUAAGUACAUCAAGAUACUUGGAGAAGCACUGCAACUUAGUCAGCCCAUCAACAGCAACUCCAUAUCCGUCCAUAUGCCUCGGUUUUGCACUCUCCUCCAGCUCAAUAAAUCUGCUCAGAAACUGGCAACUCACAUUGGAGAGGUUGUCAUAAACAAAUGCUUCUGCACUCGUAGGAACCCCAUUAGCAUCUCCGCAGCUGCAAUAUAUUUAGCCUGCCAGCUUGAAGACAAGCGAAAAACUCAGGCAGAGAUUUGUAAGGUGACUGGUCUUACUGAAGUCACUCUCCGGAAAGUUUACAAGGAGCUGUUGGAGAAUUGGGAUGACUUGCUCCCAUCUAAUUAUACUCCAGCCGUUCCUCCAGAAAGAGCAUUCCCUACCACUGUAAUCGCUUCAGGCCGUUCUUCAACAUCUAAAGUUGAUUUAGUUGAAAUACCAGUUUAUUUGGAGAGAGAGAAGCUGUCUGAAAUAAAACCUAUCAAACCAAAUGAGGGAUUAGACAUGAAUGUUCCGGCCAUAGGUAAAGAGGAGUUUGAGCUUAAAGGUAAUUCUCGAGGUGCGCAAACCACUGUUUUGAAUCAAUCAACAACUUUCUGGCAACACCAGGUUCCAUAUGGUACUUCUGGUUUAAGGACGGCAGGAAAGAACUCUCAUAAUGGCACCGAAGGAAUGGACAUCGAUGAGCCGCAACGUAACCAGCAGCCUAACCAACAGUUCGAGCAGAAGAUGGGUAUGGACUCAAACGGUCUUACUAGUACACGAAAGCCAACUCAAAUUUUGAGCCCCCCAGCUUCAGGUGCAUGCUCAGUUACCAGGCAGUUUCGUUGCCCUCCACCGUCAUCAGGUUCUUCUCCAAAUGUUUUGUAUGUGCUGCCACCAAAGCUGGCACCAGGUUAUACUGAGCUUAGAGGUAGCGGGAGUCAAAAUGGAAGUGAAAAUGCCAAACAGAGUGGAGAUGCCUAGUGGUAUGACUUUUGUAUAUAGAGACCUUACAAAAUGUAUCUUCCUUGUCACGAUCGAUGUAUUUCUUCUGUAUUUCGGUGACAAAUGCGUAGCCUAGUUACUUGUUUAAGGUUUGAACGCGGUUUGAUUAUUGUUUAUAGGAGUUGUAGAAUUACAGAA